AUGACCAGCAGACCCACGGUUUCCAUCAUCUCCGCCGACGGCAAGGCCGGCGAGGCUAGCCACCCUCUCCCCAAUGUCUUCAAGGCUCCCAUCCGUCCCGACAUUGUCCAACAGCCCUACGCCAAUACCGCUCCUAACACAACCCUCUCCANNGGCCGUGCUGUUGCCCGUAUCCCCCGUGUCUCCGGUGGUGGUACUCACCGUGCCGGUCAGGCCGCCUUCGGUAACAUGUGCCGUUCCGGUCGCAUGUUCGCCCCCACCAAGGUCUGGCGCAAGUGGCAGCAGAAGAUCAACCUUGGCCAGAAGCGUUUCGCUACCGCCUCUGCCAUUGCUGCCUCUUCCUCCGCCGCUCUCCUGAUGGCCCGUGGUCACCAGGUCGCCACCGUUCCUGAGGUUCCCCUUGUCGUCAACUCGACUGCCUUCAGCAACGCCGCCAUCACCAAGACCUCCGCUGCCGUCGCCCUUCUCAAGGCCGUCGGUGCCGGUGCCGACCUCGAGAAGGUCAAGGCUUCCAAGAAGCUCCGCGCCGGUAAGGGUAAGCUGAGAAACCGCCGCCACCGCCAGCGCCGUGGUCCCCUCGUUGUCUACAACCCCAGCGAGGAUGGCAAGGAGCUCGUUACCGCUUUCCGCAACAUCCCCGGUGUUGAGACCUGCCCCGUCUUCUCCAUGAACCUCCUCCAGCUCGCCCCUGGUGGUCACCUCGGCCGUUUCAUCGUCUGGACCUCUUCCGCCUUCCAGGCCCUUGACAAGAUCUACGGCUCCACCACCGAGGCCUCUGCCCUCAAGAAGGACUUCCUCCUUCCCCAGAACUCUGUCGCCCAGCCCGACAUUGUCAAGCUCAUCAACUCUUCCGAGGUCCAGUCUGUCCUCCGCCCCGCCAAGGGUGGUGCCAUCCAGAAGCGCACCAACGUCCAGAAGAAGAACCCUCUCCGCAACAAGCAGGUCCUUCUCCGCCUCAACCCCUACGCCACCGCCUUCUCCAAGGCUGGUCUUGGUCAGCAGAAGAUCCAGGACGGCAAGCCCGUCGCUCCCGCUGCCGAGUUCAAGACCCUCCUCCACGAGAACUAA